CACGAACACCUUCGAGUGCAGCCUACUUGCAAUCGUCUAUUUACUCGCUAGACACUCUUCUCUACUUUGUAUCACCCAAAUCGAAUCCUUAUUCGCGCGCUCCACCGGAUAGAGGAGCAUAAGUCAUUGAGGUACACCAAAACAUCCACAACAUCCAACUCCGCCAAACUCAGAACGCAACCGCCCUCUCUCUCGUCAAACGAUGCAGUAUCUCCGCUCCGGCCUCGAUCAACUGCGUGACCGCUACGCGCCUAUCCGGCAUACCUCCACCUUCCGCAGCACGGGCCAAAUCACGCCCGAGGAAUUCCUCCUCGCGGGCGACUACCUGGUCUAUAAGUUCCCGUCGUGGUCCUGGUCUGACGCCUCGAGUCCUGCAAGACGCGUUAGCUAUCUGCCCGAAAACAAACAAUUUCUCGUCACAAGAGGAGUCCCUUGUCACAGGAGGCUGGAUGAGAACUUUGCAGGGGGACACGGCGCUGCGGAUGAUCUCGUCAGAGAUGGAUUUCUAGGCGGUCCCGACGAGGACACGGGCGGCGGUGAAGACGAUGGCUGGUUAAGGACGGGGGGAACCACGGAGAAAGAGCAAGAAGGUCUGAGGGCGGAGGUGAGGACGAUGAGUGAGAGCGGACAACUCGGUCAAAAAGCCACCGAGGAAGAGGAUGAGGAAGAAAUCCCAGAUAUGGAGGAUGAGGACGAUGACAAUGAGGCCAUCAUAAGAGAUAAGAGCGAAGGGACUUCCGCGCCGCUUCGAACAUACACCCUCUACAUAACCUACACGCCCUACUACCGGACUCCACGCAUGUACCUCUCCGGGUACCUCUCUCCCAGCGAGCCUCUUCCACCACACCUCAUGAUGGAAGACAUCGUCGGCGACUACAAAGACAAAACCGUCACGCUGGAAGACUUCCCCUUCUUCGACAACAGCGUGAAAAUGGCGAGCAUUCACCCCUGCAAACACGCCAGCGUGAUGAAGAUCCUCCUUGACCGGGCGGACGUGGCCUUGAAGCUUCGACUGGAAAAACAAAAAGCUACGGGCGGCGCCGCCAACGUCUCAGGCAUGGAAGGCCUGAUCGAUGACACGACAAAUCUAAGUCUCGCUGAGCAGAAGCGUGGACAUGAAGCGGGCGUGAAAGCAGCUAAUGGCGGUGCGGGAGACGAGUGGGAGGUGCUGGAUGAGCAAGACAGUAAUGAAGAGGAGAGUGAGAAGGUGGCGAUCCGGGUGGACCAGUAUUUGGUCGUCUUUUUGAAGUUCAUGGCGAGCGUAACGCCGGGGAUCGAGCAUGACUUUACCAUGGGCGUUUGAUGGAUACACGACGGGAAGCCUAUGAUGACGGAUAUGAGUAUGGUAUGAAUGCAACGGGUUUGAGACAAUGGGCUCCAGGAGUUGCACACCAAGGCUGAGGCCAUGUCUCGGGUUGAUAAUAUGAACUUCGAGCCGGAACGUUUUAUUCUUACGGGUUCAGACGAUGACUCGAUUGAGCACUGCUGUUUCAUCUUGUUCUAGAACGCGCCGGAGUGCUGUGAUUCCUCGUGUUACAAGCUCCGUCAGUGUCAGGACAUCAACUAUCGUCUAUGUCG